CGUAUCCGUAUUCGAUUACUACGGUCAGACAUGGUACAACAAACACAUUCCAGAGCGCUGGACGGAUUGACAGGAAACGAGGGAGCCGUGACCGCGACCGCAAACGGAGAUAUUGUACGACAUGAUGGCUCUUUGUCUUUGACUCACCUCCUCUUCUAACCAUCGCCCGUCACCUUUCCUCUCUCCCUCACCAUCACCCUCAUACAUGCCGCGUACAAGAAGCCAAUAUACGCUUUCAAUCUCUCGUUUCAACAUGUCCACCAUGUCAGACUUCGAACUCGUGCUCUGGAUGACCGUCCUCUCCAUGCUCAUCUAUUACUCACUUAAGUACAUUACCAUCGAACUCCAGCCCAUAUUCGCGAUCAUUCUCCCGCCAAUCCGCGCCCUCAUCUUCCUUGUCACCGCCCUUCCAUGGAAGUUUUUUGGCUUCGUCGCACUCAACCUCUUCUGCCUCGAAUUGGAUGAAGCCGCCUUACUCACCUGGCAUACCUGUCUGAUGGUAGUGCAGAUCCGGGAGAAUAUACUCGCAACGAUUAUAGGCGAUGAGAAACAUGACAGAGUGAUCUGGGCCCCGUGGCAGCCGGCAAGCUUACUCACUGGACUGGCAUACGUGGCGAGACAGAAUGGAUUAUAUCUGUCGGUGAGAACAAACACCUUCAUUGCCGGAUUUGUAGCAACGGCUCAAUGGAUGGCGGAAGAGUAGACAUCAAAGUAAAGUGGAUUGUUCGGGACAUGUAUUGUAUCUUGUAUCUUGUAGUAGGUCGUAACCGUUCAAACUUCAGGCGUAUUAUAACAGAGGACCGUUUAUCCGGAUUCGGCAAUAACAGUAAUAACCUUCAAAGUAACUAUACAUUAACAAUAGAUCGUCGCGUCUCGUCUUCAAUUCUUCAAGUACUGCGUUCCUUCAUCCCAUAUAUCUUACCCUGUAAUCCUCAUUGUCGUCGUCUUUGUAUCCUCCUACCUUACAACGGACGUAGAGUCUAUCCAUGUCGGUGCUGUG